GAAAUCUUAAUGGAAGAGAUUUCAAAAUUCUAUCCUUUUAUUUUCACAAAAUAAGUUCUUCAACUCAUUCUUCAUGUAGUUGAAAAUUUUGGCUCUUUAUUAGUCUAGCUCUUGAUUUAUUCAAUAUGUUUUGCCCAAAGACCAGAUAAGGAGUUUAGGAAACAACUCAGAAGAUUUAUGGAACAGUACAACAAAUCACGAAGAGAUGUAUCAAGCCAUCAAAGAUUCUCAUUAAAAUCAACCGAUUCCCUCCAUCAAACCCCGGGCGAGAAGCCGCUGAGCAUGACGCGGCGGCCUCGGGGGCGGCCCGCGGGGUCGAAGAACAAGCCGAAGCCCCCCAUCAUCAUCACCCGGGACAGCGCCAACGCGCUCAAGGCCCACGCCAUGGAGGUCGUCUCCGGGUGCGACAUCGCGGAGAAUCUAAUCGGCUUCGCGCGCCGCAAGCAGCGCGGCGUCUGCGUCCUCAGCGCCACGGGCUUCGUCACCAACAUCACCCUCCGCCAGCCCUCCUCCUCGGGCUCCAUCGUCACGCUCCACGGCCGCUUCGAGAUCCUCUCGCUUCUCGGGUCCGUGCUGCCCCCGCCUGCCCCCGCGGGUGCGGCCGGGCUGGCCGUGUACCUGGCCGGGGCGCAGGGGCAGGUUGUCGGGGGGAGCGUGGUGGGCGCGCUCAUUGCGUCGGGCCCUGUUGUCAUCAUGGCGGCCACGUUCAUGAAUGCUACUUUUGAUCGGCUGCCGUUGGACGACGGCGAGGAGGUGGUGGCGGGCGGCGGCCAGCAUUAUCAGAAUAACAGACAGCAGCGCCACCUUGUGGAUGUGGGUGCGGAUGUGUAUGGGGUACCGCAGAAUCUGCUGACUAAUGGAGCUUUGCCUUCCGACGGAUAUGGGUGGGGACAGGGACAGGGCCGGGUCGGGUCGAAACCGUGAUUGGAUUUCUUGAUUUUAAGGAUGGGAUGUUUAUUUUCUGUAUGUUGUACGUGUAUGCUAUGCACACCAACUUUAUAU